GUGGAGACGGGGGUCUUCCAGGGAGGCACCUCCAUCCUGCUCCUCAAAGCCCUGGAGCGCUUUGAUGGCGGCGGAGGGCGCCGCCUGUGGGCCGCCGACUCCUUCCAGGGCACCCCCGCGCCCGACGAGGUCCACGACGGCGCCGGGGCGGCGGCCUCGGGCGGCGGCCUGCGCCGCGGCGUGGCCGGAGAGUACGCCUCCUCCCUGCCCACCUUCCGCGCCAACCUGGCCCGCUUCCGCGUGCCCACCCCCGCCCACCGCCUCCGCAUCCUGCCGGGCUGGUUCAACGAAACGCUGGCGGCAGCGCCCAUACCCGCCAUCUCCUUUCUGCGCCUGGAUGGAGACCUGUACGCCUCCACCCGGGAUGCUCUGGAGGCUCUCUACGACAAGCUGUCCCCCGGGGGGCUCAUCUACGUGGAUGACUAUGGCAGCUAUGCAGGCUGCCGUGCAGCCGUGGAUGAAUUUAGAGCAGAGCGCGCCAUCCUGUCGCCGCUG